AAGUUUCUUAGUCCGGGCUUAAGGUAGAUUGCCAGAGUUUCUGAGUGGAUAUAGUUGGGUUUCUGGUGACGAGGCACUAUACACGUUCAUGCAGGUGCUGCCACAUGUAUUCAUGGGUUGAUUAUACUUAAUAAUUGCGAGAAUGUUGUAAUAACUGCUGUUUACUGGUGUUUACGCGUUCAAUAACUUUCCGAUGUCCUUCGUUUAUUUUUUGCAUUGUGAGAUGGCAUGUGGCUCUUCACGUCAGAGGCGACUAACAGGAAUGUUCUAAUAACUGUUAAACUGUUCAUUCACGAAAUCAUCUCGUAACAAAGGUCAGCAUCAGCGUUAGACACAAAGACUAAGACUGCAGGACUUAUUAAAAACUUCAUGUAAAGAUCAGCAACUGAAUACCAUAGACGUCAGAAGAGAGCUUCAUGCACAAAGGUUGCUAACAAACAACAUUUUUUAUCGCUAAGAUACGACGUUCUAACUCCUGAAUAAAUUGGCUGUCUUUAGCCAGUACUUGUAGUUUAGCACACAGCUGCCUCGUUUCUCCGAUCAGCUAGUCAGAAAGGAGAACACUAGUCACAGCUACGCGUCGGUUUUGUAGGCUGUCAACAUGGAAGAAGACACGGACGGUUCGCCAGACGAAGAUGGCAUGGGCCAUGUUCUCUCCCUCGGCUCAACAUCUCGCGAUCUGCAGACGGCGUAUCUCGUCAUCAGCCUGGUAUUGUCGGUAGGAUGCGGCAUGCUGCUCAUCUUCUUGGUUUGGAAGAAAGAGUAUCUCCAAAAGCCCAGCCACUACCUGCGCUGUAACCUGGCGGUAGACGACAUCGUCUUCGCCGGCUGCCUGAUUCCCGUCCGUAUCUACUCACUUUUCCGGCAAAACGCCAGCGGGGGACAGCUGUUCUGCUCGGCUGAAGCACUGAUAGGGCCCGCAGGUUUGUUAUCUAUGCAUGGUACAUACCUCAUGAUGGCAGUAGACCUGUACUAUUUCGUGUGCCAUCCCCUACACUACUACGACAAAGUCACCACCAAACGCGUGGUCCUGGGCAUCUUGGCGUUCAGGGUCUUGUCUCUCUUCGGCGGACUAGCGCCUGUGGCCUUCGGCGGACUGCCCGAAUACAACCAGCGUUGUGAGAUGGAGUCUGCGAACAGCACGUCCUUGUCUGGCAUCUUCAGAAGCAUGAACUUAGUUUUCUGUUUACUUGUUGCUCUCUUCGUCCUAUUGAUCUACUGCCUUAUCUUCAAGGAGGCCAGAAGACAGCAGGAAAGAGACGAGAACCGGGACCUGUGGGUGUUCCAGACCAAAGCAUUCAAAGUCAUGGCGCCACACGCUAUCGUUUUGACUGCAGCCUUAAGCACCACCAUCUUCCGCAUAGCCACGAUACGAGGUCUGGUCAGUGAGGAACAAAUGAAACAGCGUGCCCUCGUCAUCACUGCACGCGUGGCCCUCCUCCUGUACCUGACGCUAUCAUCCGUGGCGAACCCCGUCAUCUACAGCUUCCGGCUGCCAGAGUUCCGCCGAGCCUUAAGGGAGCUGUGCGGAUUGCCGACCAACGCCAACCCGCCGCCGGCGGCACCGACGCGGCGGCAUCGCCAGGACGACAUGGAGAUGGCCACCUUCACCGGUCCCAGGCGUCGCGGGGCACCGGCACCGGCUUCAGAAUUGGCGCCAGCUCAAGCCUCUACACAGGGCCUGAUCAUGCAGUUCACGGCGGAGGACAUGCCUUCCGAUCAAGCAGAAAAGCAGACAACGCAGGCAGACACGACCCCUGGACCAGCGUCCAGCGCAGGACAACGUGGCCGCGAGACCGCCUCGGGGCGACCGAUCCGGCUGACAGUGAGGGCGGAGGUGCACGCCGAGCCGAGGCCACGUCCCGGACAGGAGGACGCGACGGUAAACCUCCCCGGUCAAGUACACACGGAUGCCGAAGAAGAGGACGUCCCUACAAUAACUUUGGACACCGACACCGACGAGCCAACAGCAGGACACACUUUGGACCGUCCACCUUCGCGUCCGAAGUUGGCAUGGGAGGAAGAUGCAGGCCAGUACAAGAAAGGCAAACCCUAAAGACGAGACG